AUGAAACUUUUAUGUGACAAUUUUAGACUAAUACAGUUUUUUUUAAUAAAUUUGCAUUUUGUGCGGUAAAACACCAACAAACGAUAUUUUAUAUGUUACUCAAAUAACUUCUGUGAUAUACUUUGAUUAGAUAAUCUAAGAAAAUGAUGUUUGAAGCGUCCAAAAUAAUGAGAGUAAUGGGUCAAACCCUAUCAGAGCCAGUGACGGAGAAGCAAUCGUCGACAUGCCAGGACUCGCGGUACCUCGUCGGCUCGUCCUGCAUGCAGGGCUGGCGUGUCUCCAUGGACGACUCUCACACACACAUACUAUCGUUACCUGAGGAUCCUGGGACUGCUUACUUCGCUGUAUAUGACGGCCAUGGUGGUUCAAAUAUAGCUGAGUAUGCAGGCAAACAUCUGCACAAGUUCAUAACAGCACGGCCCGAGUACCACCUCGGUAAUAUAGAGGAGGCGCUCAAACAGGGUUUUCUAGAACUGGACCAGGCGAUGCUGGAGGAGGACAUGCUGCAGCAGAAGGUGGCGGGCAGCACGGCGGUCGUGGUGCUCAUCAAGGAAAACACACUGUACUGCGCGAACGUCGGCGACUCCAGAGCCAUAGCGAGCGUCCGGGGCGGGCAGGUGGAGGUGCUGUCAUACGACCACAAGCCGAACAACGAGGAGGAGAUGCGUCGCAUCACGGCGGGCGGCGGCUGGGUGCAGCUCAACCGCGUCAACGGGAACCUGGCGCUGUCCCGCGCGCUCGGAGACUACGUCUUCAAGCGGAACUACAGGCUGUCACCACAGGAACAGAUCGUCACAGCCUACCCAGACGUUCAAGUUCGGCAGCUAAACGAUGAUUGGGAGUUCAUUGUGAUCGCGUGCGACGGUAUCUGGGAAGUACUGUCCAACGAGGAGGUGAUCUCGUUCUGCCGCGUGCGGCUGCUGAGCGGCUGGGAGCCGGCGGGCGUGUGCGAGGCGCUCAUGCAGCGCUGCCUGGCGCCCAACUGCGCCACGGGCGGGCUCGGCUGCGACAACAUGACCGUGCUGCUCGUCUGCCUCGCGCCCUUCCCCCGGACCGACCCCGCCUCGGCAUUCAAGUGCCUGGACGCGACUCGUCCCAACAAGUACUGGACGUUGACGCCCUCCCGGCGGUUCUCUUAACUUUGCACACUACCCACCCCCCUUUGCACAAGUUUUAACUUCUAGUGUGUCUCUAAAACUGUGAUCUGUGCCCCUUAUAUAACUUGGUUGGUUUUUGUAGUUUUUUUUUUAACGUGUAUUUGUGUGUAUGGUGACACAAUGAUGCAUGUGUGAGUUGAAUAUGCUGUAUACAGCGUGUUUUUUUUUUAAAUCGUCUUCAAUAUAAAGUGUACUGGAAUGUGAUUUCCUCUGAUUUUAUUAAUCAAUUCAAUUUCAAUGUUAUUUCGUUUAUUUGGAUAGUGAAAGCUGUUGUAGAACAUGAUGUUAAACGUGAAUCGUGGUCAUUCGAUAUUUUACCUCGGUGUUGCCAGAAUAAUCUUUUUUUGCUCUGACAAUCGACCAAUAAAUGCUUAAGUUUAAUAUAAGAAGCUAAAAAUUAGAUAUUAUUUGUGUUAAUUUAUAAAAAUCAACCAAGUUAUAUUUAUAAAUAUCUGCGUAAUGUUUCUGUGAUUUUAUGAAUUUAAAUUUUUAAGUAUGUUAUGCAAGUGUUGAUUUUGUCGACCUGUAAGACUGAUGUGUGCCAUCGAUGCUGUGUCGAGACAGUGUCUUGUGGUUUUCAGUGACAUUACUGUGCGUAGUUUUAUGAUAAGCUCGUCACGCGGGAUUAUUGACGACUUUUGUGCGUUUAUGCCUCUACAAUAGUUGCCAGGUCUAAAGAGCCUGAUUGAAAGACAUCAUCACCCCAGCCUUUUCCCAACUAUGUUGAGAUCGGCUUCAAAUCUGACACGAUACAGCUAAUUACGAGUGUGCGAAUGCCCAUCUGACCUCCUCAACCCAAUUACCUGGGUAACACAAUACACCUUAGUUAGACUAGUUGUCAGACUAUCUAGCUUCCGACUACUAGUAAUACCCAUUCCUCCCUGAUUGAAGAUAUGACAAAAAUAUGACUCAGUCUAAUUUUAAGUAACUAUCUGUAAUCCAGUUAUAUCCCAAUUGUUUUAGUAUUUUUUGUUAGAAAACCGCCUAAUAAAUUGCCUUGCAACCUCGAAGAUUGACAAAUUGCCAACCCUAUCUUGCAUUCUCUCUAUGAAAAUGGUGUUUUACGUAUAGAGUCGGUACAAUCUGCUUUAAUAUUAUUACGAGCCCAUUUUUCCUGAUACUGGACGAACGCCGUCCUCCCAUCCUUCCAUUCUUUAAUGUGCGUAACGUACAAGAAUCUCAAGUUACCCGCGUGAUGUGCUUUUGUCAACAGUUUCCAAGCAGUGGUCUUUACCACUCUGUUCAGUUACCAAAUAUGUUGGCAGAAUAAAUUGGCAGGGUAUACGCAGAAUACCCAUCAAAUGAUUAACUUAGAUUUUUUACAGUUUUCGUUAAAUAAAAUGUUUACUUUGAACUAAUCUGCGUGCUGACUAUAAGCUUUUAAAGUCGGCCUACUUUUAAAGUACCUUUGUGGAAGCAAGACGCUGUUAUGCGUAGUGUAAUGCCCCGUCUUGCUUCCGAAAUAUCAUAAGUCCUGCUUCAAGCUGACGGUACAGGCACUGUUUGACGUCAAGUAACUGAAUCGAGUUUGAUAAGUCCGUUAUAUAUUACCAGUUUGUACAGAAUUUCUGUUAUAUUUUUUCAAAGUAAAACGAUCAAUUUUCUGUUUCGUUUUACCAUUAAAUGUUAGAGUAUUGACC